GGGCAGGGGACCCCUGAUUCCGGGAGACUUGCCUGCUCUUCCGGGGGGCCAGGAGGGUCACCCAAUUUUCGGGAGCCUCCCGGCCGUUCCGGGAGAGUAGGCAAGUAUGCCCUUUGUCACAUUCACCUAAACCUGUGCAUACUGCUCAGCUUCUGCAAUCAUAUACAGUAGCUAAACAGAAUAGGUCAGUAGUGCACAGAAUGGAGACUUGAGUAAUCAUAAUAGGGGAGAUGUACUAAGCCUUGGAGAGAGAGAACGUAGCAGCUAAUCAGCUCCUAACUACCAUGUCACGGUCUGUGUUUCAAUAAUGAAGUCAGGAGGUGAUUGGUUGGUACUCUAUCCGGGUUCGGUAUGAUUUACCAGCGGCCACGAUGCCAGCCGUCACUAUACCGUUAUUACACCUAGCCCUCUCCUCUGAUUAGCUCCCGUUCACCCGCUUGUUAAUGUCUCAGGUAGCCGUGCUACGCCCGCCUACACAGACAGUCUAUCCUCAUUGCGCCCGGCUUUGCCAUUGAUAUAAUCCUCACCACGCAAGGCCAGGUCACAUGACUGCCCGGGCUCCGCCCUUUCUCCGGAUAACUUGUUUUACCCGCAGCUCGCGAGAGUUGGUGAGGCGCAUGCUCCUCGACUGCUGUGUGCGUGAUACGGCGAGAGGAUGCACGUGACUGAUGUUGCUAGGAGACAGAGAAACUGAAGGAAGCGGAGGCAGGGGGCCGAAGGGAAUUGAUAGUAGGUAUGGCGAGCAACCAGAGACCCCCAUCAGCCCGUCCUGUCUCAAGGGGAGUCAUCGGUUCCAUUCCAAACAGACCUCCAAGUGGAAUCCGUGGUCCACCCACAGCAGGCAGGCUUUCAACUGCAAUGCCACCUGGCACUGCCAGGCCUGGGACUCGUGGAGGACCACAGGGUGCAGGAGGAGUGUUGUCAGCUCAAAUAAAAGUAGCUGAUCGGCCAGUGACUCAGCAAGGCCUGAGCGGAAUGAAGACUGGAAUGAAAGGUCCACAGAGACAGAUUAUGGACAAAUCUUACUUUCUUGGGCUCCUUAGGAGCAAAAUCGGUGAGCUUACAUUAGAAAUGACCAAACUAAAGAAGGAAGUUGAUACAUACAACCAGGAGAACUCUGUAUAUCUUUCCUAUGAGAAAAGAGCUGAAGUGCUUGCUCAUGAGAUUAAGGAACAGCAGGGUCAGCUUGCAGACUACAACAUGCUGGUAGACAAACUGAAUACUAACAUGGACAUGGAGGAAGUACUAAAUGACUACAAUACGCUAAAAGCUCAGAAUGACCGGGAAGCCCAGAGCAUAGAUGUCAUUUUUACAGAGAGACAAGCAAAAGAAGAUCUUAUACGAGGUGUGGAAGAGGACAUUGAACAUGAGAAACGAGCAGCUGAAGGCAUUGUAAAGAAUAUGUCUGACGAGAAACAAACUAUAUACUUCACAACAAAAGCAAAGAACGAGCAGCUGUUAAAGGACUUAGAGAUGCAACAGAAAGAUCUUGACUCGCUGACUGAAAAGAAAGAAGCUUUGGAGGCGGAAAUUGCACAUUCCCAAGUUAAACAGGAAGCAGUAGUGCUGUAUGAGAAGCUUCAUGAAUUGGAGUGCCGUCGUGACCAAGCCAUAGCUGAGGACAAGAGUAUGGGGUCUCCACAGGAAGAGAGAGAGAAGCUACUGAAACAGGUGAAAGAAGAUAAUCAGGAGAUAGCAAGCAUGGAACGACAGUUAAAGGAUAUAAAGGAUAAAGCUAAACAGUUGAAUGAAGAACUUGGAAGGCUGGAUAUGGAUAUGGAGGAGUACCAAGGAGAGAAGAAGCAAAAGUACAAAGAGCUGAGAAAAAGAGAGGAAAGCAUGGAGCGGUUCUUUGCCACUUUUGAAGAAAGUAAGAACCAGGAAAUGGAGCGGAAGUCAGAGAUAGAAGGAAAUAUUGUCACGCUACUGGAACACUCAAGCAGGAAUAUUAAUAGAAUGAAACAAAUCUCCUCGGUUACCGCUCAAGAACUUAAGAUUAUGCAAGAAGACCUUAAUUUUAAGGAAACUGAAAUGCACAAAUCACAGAGCACUGCAAAGAAUUUGACAUCUGAGAGCCAGCAUUUGCAGCAAGAUCUUCAGAAAGUGGAGCAGCUGGAAUCCAAGAUAAACAGUGAGCUGACGUCCCUGAAGGAUAAAAUCCAGCAAAUGUCUGAAGGAUUAAAAACGUACAGUGAUUUGGAUGCCCUCAAAGCCUCAGCAGAAGAAAAGAAAAAGAAACUCCAGGAAGAUAAAAUAAUAUUAACCAAAUGCACAGACACCUUUAGGAAAACACUAAGUCAGCUGAAUCAGGAGAAUGAAAAACUGAAGUCCCAGCUGAAGGAUAAUGAGACCCACACUCAGCUCACAAAUCUAGAGAGAAAAUGGCAACAAUACGAGCAGAAUAACUUUGUAAUGAAAGAAUUCAUAGAUACAAAGAGCCAGGAGAGUGACUACAGACAAGUGAUGAAGAAUGUAACUAAACAAUUAGCAGAGUAUAAUAAAACUCUUACAGAGGCAUUACAGAACUCCAGGAACUGAACCCUUUAGCUCUUCCUUUCUGCAAACCAGCAAGUUCAACUCUCUGGCAAUAUGAUCACUGUCUUGCUAAUUGUAUAUGUAAUAUUUAAAGCUUUUGAAAUCACAUUUAUAAUGUAUUUAUGAAAGAUUACACAAAUAAUUUUUUUAAGAAGUACUAAUUAUUGUUUGUAACGUUGAUUGUGCCAGUGUAUACUGAAAAAUAAAAUUACAUUUAUUUUGUUGUUUUUAGAAACAUUUA